AUGUCUUUCUCCGAUGGCGAUGAUGAGAUGGAGAUGGAGUUUCUCCGUGAUCAGUACCAUGACAACAGAAAUUUUGAAGUGUUUUUGAGUUUCAGAGGGGAAGACACGCGUGCUUCUUUCACUUCGUAUCUCUACGCGGCUCUUCAGAAUGAAGGAAUCUUUGUUUUCAAGGAUGAUGAGUCACUGCCUCGGGGUAGUCAAAUUUCACCCUCACUGCGGAUAGCAAUUGAAGCUUCUCGAAUUUCGAUUGUUGUUUUCUCGAAAAAUUAUGCAGAGUCGAGGUGGUGUUUGAAAGAGUUGGAGAAAAUAAUGGAGUGUCACAGAACCAUGGGGCAUGUGGUGCUACCAGUGUUCUAUGAUGUUGAUCCCUCUGAAGUACGUCAUCUAAGAGGGGACUUCGGGAAAGCAUUUCAAAACCUUUUGGACAAGAUUGCGAAAGAGGAAGAGGGAAAGGUGAUGGAUUGGAUACAGCGUUGGACGAAGACACUUGGUGAGGCUGCUGACAUCUCAGCGUUGGAAGUACUGUAUUCCGGAAAAGUGGAGAAUUGGAAAGCGGCACUUGAUGAGGUUGCUCGCAUUCCCGGGGUUGUAGACGUCAAUUCUAGUUGGAAAAUGGAGAUUGCGGAUAGAAUAAACAACCUCGUGGAGAAUUGGACCAUGGUUACUCCAGUCAAAUUUGGUUUCUAUAUGGAUAUUGAUGUUAAGAUAGACUUCGGGGAGCAAUGGAGGAAGAUGCUUUGUGAGGCUGUUAGCAUCUUAGAGGUUGCAGGCUUAGAUCCAUGUGGAGAAAUGGAUAUUAUUAAUGACAUAGACCACCGCCUAAAGAGUUGGAGGGAGGCACUUUUUGAGGCUAAUGGUAUCUCAGGGGGUGCAAUCUUAAAUUCCUGGUAA